AUGUCCAACACCUUUACAACAUCUUUUUCAUCAUCAUUCGGAGGUGUUUUGGGUGUUUCAGCUGUUGAACAUUUUCAUCCAAAUGGUCAAGAUAUUCUUCAAAUGCAAAAGAAUUUACUCCCAAAACCAUUCAAAAUUGCUUGUCUUGAAUCUUUACAAUUUUCUUCUCAACUCUACAUUCUACUCGGAGAUGAUCAUGGAAGAUUAUUAAUUUUUGAUUUUUCAAAAUUAGAAUUUGUAUCAUUUGUGAAAUUCAUCACUCUACCAUUCAAUCCAUACAAAUAA